AUGCCACUGAAGCCACGAGCGGAGCAGGGCUCUGAGGAGGCCGAGAGCGGUGUGCUACAGCUUGGUUCGAACGAGGAAGCCGCAGAAGAGCAGAGCUGCGCACCAGCUCAGCAUCCUCUGUCACUCCCUGUGCAGCGCACAACGCACGCAGGGAUGGGGGUACGGCCGGGCUGGGGCUGGCUCCUUCUCCCAGUUUGCCAGGCUCUGGUUGUCCCCAGGGAGGUGAGCGGCCAGGAGGGCAGGACGCUCUCGCUGCGCUGCUGGUACGCGCGGGGCUACGAGGGCUACAACAAGUACUGGUGCCGCGGGGCCGCGCGGGGCUCGUGCCACAAAGUGGUGGAGACUGCGGGGCGAGAGGUGCCGCGCCGGCACGGCCGCAUCUCCAUCACGGACAACCACAUGUUCUGCGUGGUCCUGCUCACCGUGGAGGAGCUCUCCAGGGAGGACGCCGGGAGCUACUGGUGCGGGGUGGAGAAGGCAGGCUGGGACAUCAUGGAGCCGGUCACCCUGAGAGUGACACCAGCUCCCAGCCCUGUGCCCUCCAACACCAUAACGGAGUUCCCCUACACCGCCAACGUCACUGCCACAGGUGCAGGGCUGCAGGAGGAAAGCACCAGCCUUCAGGAGGGUCAGGAACAGCCCAGCUCCUCUCCUCCCAGCCCCUCUGGGCCAGCCCUGCAGGCCUUGCUGCCCACCGUGCUGCUGCUGUUCCUCCUGGCUGUGGCUGGCUCUGCUGGGCUCACCCUUGCCCUGAGAAGGAGGAGGAGGAGGAGGAAGGAAGCUCUGCAGAUACCCCUGGGAGCAGUGGGAAGCUCCCAGCCGUGCUCACCUGCAGUGCAGGCACAGCGGCACCAUCAGGUAAGAGCCCCGGUGCUGGGACAGGCUGCCGGGGACGCGCUGCCCCCUCGCAGCAAAGGCCCCGCAGCACCCAGCCAGCCGGGCACCACCGCAGAGCUGAACAACAUCUACGACAAUGAGCUGAACCUGAGAAAGGGCACCCGCACCGGCAGCAGUGACACAGAGGAGCAGUGCAGUGAGCUGGGGGACGACACAGUCUACAUCAACAGCUGAUGCUCAGGGAGAAGAGGAUUCCCUGCAGUCCUAAUGAGGCAUCGCUUGUGGGCAUCGUUUCGGGUUUUGCUCUGAGCGGGGCAGGGAGCAGCACUCCCUUCCCCGUGUCCUUGCUGCAGUCUCAGCAGUGUGACAGCCUCUGCCGUGGGGCUCUGACCCUGCUCCACCCCAGCUUCCCCCCUCUGCUUUGCUGCUGUGGAUUGAGAGGUGCCCCCAGGAUGGGAGGAACCCAGAACCCGACUCCUUUGCAUGCUGGUGCACAGGACAUU